AUGAUGAGAAAAAGGAAAGACAUCGAGGGAGAAGAGAGAGAAAACGGUGGUAAUGGUGAAAUCAUCUGGGAUCACACAAAUGGUGGGGCGCUUGCCGGAGGAGCUAUCAGGGCACGAAAGAGGUUCGUCGGAGUUCGCCAGCGGCCCUCUGGAAGAUGGGUAGCCGAGAUUAAGGACACCAUACAACAGAUAAGAGUAUGGUUAGGCACAUUUGAUACAGCAGAGGAGGCUGCAAGAGCUUACGACGAAGCCGCCUGUUUGCUCCGGGGAGCCAAUACACGUACCAAUUUCUGGCCAUGUAAUCCAUCGAACAAAUCUCCUGCUCUUUCUUCAAAAAUCACUAAUCUUCUCCUGCAAAGACUAAGAGCAAGAAAUGCCGCCAAUCUUUCGAAUGGCUCAUCAAUGGCGGCAAUCACACAUUCUUUCCAACAUCAACAACAGUUUCAAGAGGUAACUCAGGUUCAAGAUUCGGAUUUCCAACAAUUAUUUGAAAUCCCAGAUGCUAACAGUGAUUGUUUUAUAGAAAGAGAAAGUUAUGGUUCUAGAAAUAUCGUAGGCAUAGAUCAUUCUUUAGGUGUAGAUGAGCCGAAAGUGGAGGGAAACGCAGAAAGUACUGAUCUGGGUUUGACGGAUUUACUAUUUGUUGAUGAUAUUGGAUCGUAUAUGGGCUAUUCGCCAUUUGAAAUUGCAGAAGAGAUAACAAAACCCAUGGGAGACGAUAACUACAGUGACAACCCAUCCAUGCUUAGUGAAGCCAUGAAGAGAAUGAAAUUUGAAAGAAAUAUUUCGGCCUCUCUUUAUGCUUUUAAUGGGAUAUCUGAGUGUUUAAGGAUGACGAUUGGAUCGGGAAGUGAUAAGGAAAACCGAAAGCCUGCACAAUUAUCGAAUCUUGCUGUUAAGAAUGAUAAGGUUUGGGAGGAUAACAAUGGAGAAAAUGAUUUAAUUACUAUGGAAUCGUUUUCGUCUUCAAGUAGCAAGGAAGGAGAUGAGUCGUUUAUUUGGAGUUCUCUUGAUCUUCCUUCCCUAGAUAUGUUCUUUAGUGGGUCAAAUUAA